UCGUGGCCGCGUGGUCGUGGUUUAUAAAAGUUACGCGUCCAAAAGCUGCAGUUUUUACGCUCGCGUAGGGCGAAAUACACGUGCAGUGGAGCCAGGCCCUAGACCCACAGCUCGCGCUCGCUUCACGGGAACGCAUCUCUAGCGGACAGACGACAAACGGUGUAUAUACCUCAGGAAAAGGCUGCUUAUUGUGAAGAGAGCUCAAAAUGUCCAAAGGUUCUGUAGUCUUGGCUUACAGUGGUGGUCUGGACACCUCUUGUAUCCUGGUGUGGCUGAAGGAACAGGGCUAUGAUGUCAUCACAUUUUUGGCUGACAUUGGACAAGAUGAAAACUUCGAGGCUGCUCGGGAAAAAGCAAAACUUGGUGCAAAAAAGGUUUACAUUGAAGAUCUUCGGGAAGAAUUUGUACAAGAUUUUAUCUGGCCUGCUGUACAAGCAAAUGCUGUUUACGAGGAUCGUUAUCUGUUAGGCACUUCAGUAGCUCGGCCUUGCAUUGCCCAGCGCCAGGUUGAGAUUGCGCGUAAAGAGGGUGCAGAGUAUAUCUCUCACGGUGCUACAGGAAAGGGAAACGAUCAAAUUCGGUUUGAACUGACUUGCUAUGCUCUCUACCCUGAGGUCAAGAUCAUUGCUCCAUGGAGGAUUCCAGAGUUUUACAACCGCUUCAAAGGACGAACAGACCUUAUGGAAUUUGCACAGAAACAUGGCAUUCCUGUUCCUGUCUCUCCCAAGGCUCCAUGGAGCAUGGAUGCCAACCUCAUGCAUAUAAGCUAUGAAUCCGGAAUACUUGAGAAUCCAAAGAGCCACGCUCCGGCUGACCUGUACCUGAUGACCAAGAACCCACAGGACUCCCCAGACACCCCUGAUGAUCUUGAAAUUGAGUUUAGAAAUGGAGUGCCUGUUAAAGUGGCCAACUUGAAAGACACUACUUCCAAGACUUCACCAUUGGAGAUCUUCUCUUACCUCAAUCAAAUUGGAGGUAAACAUGGUGUGGGGAGAAUUGAUAUAGUAGAGAACCGAUUCAUUGGUAUGAAGUCCAGAGGAAUAUAUGAAACUCCAGGAGGUACCAUUCUGUUGAGUGCUCACCUGGACAUUGAAACCUUUACCAUGGACAAAGAAGUUCGCAGAAUCAAACAGGGACUUGGUAUCAAGUUCUCGGAACUUGUCUACAAUGGUUUCUGGUAUAGUCCAGAGUGUGAGUUUGUGCGCCACUGCAUAGCAAAGUCUCAAGAGAAUGUGGAGGGCAAAGUACAGCUAUCUGUCUACAAGGGCCAUGUCUACAUCCUGGGCCGUGAGUCACCCAAGUCUCUGUACAAUGAAGAGCUGGUCAGCAUGGAUGUACAAGGAGACUAUGAUCCGUGUGAUGCGUCAGGGUUCAUCAAAAUAAAUGCUGUUAGGCUGAGGGAGCACCGUCGAAUGCAGGGUUUUUCAUACAGCAAGAAGUAACAAACAUCUUAUUCUUCAAGUGGUAGUAGUCUAAACGGUUCAGAGUAAUUUGUAUUUUAGAAGGUUCGAUGUUACUCCAUGGUGUCAUAAAGUGCAUUGUAUUUAGUCAGCUAUACUGCAGGAUGCCUUCAUAUUUUGAUGUAAAAAGGUCAAAUUGGAGCCGCCGUUACUUUAGACUUUUAUAAUGACAACAGGUUGCAGUAUUAAAAUUGUUAUGUCUUAUUGCGGUUGGUGAAGGUGAGAUGAUGAAACUGUAGAAUUAAUGCUGUAAUGUAUUUAUCAUGAUUCAUUGACACAAACACAAAUAUUGCUGAGAUUAUUUUGUUAGAAUAAGAAAAUGUCUUUGUGCCAUUAUUAAAAAGUUCAAAGAAAUUA